AUGCUCUUCCGGGCUUCUCACCUCGCGGCCGCGAUGGCCCUUUUCGAAGGGUCGUCAGCGAAGGACUGGUUGAGCCCCGAGUACAGGUUCUUCUACCAGUUUCCGUUGCCCAUCCCGCCGGUGAAGCAGCCCAAAAUGUCAAUCACCAACCCGGUCACCAACAAGCAGAUUGACUACUACGAGGUCGACAUCGUGCCCUUCAAGCAGCAGGUCUACCCGAACAAGGGACCGGCUUCGCUCGUUGGCUAUGAUGGACUUUCACCCGGCCCCACGUUCCUUGUCCCCAGAGGUCGCGAGACGGUCGUGAGAUUCACCAACAAAGCCACACUGCCAAGCGCCGUCCAUUUGCAUGGAUCCCCUUCGAGGGCCCCUUGGGACGGAUGGGCUGAGGACAAGAUCCAGCCGGGACAAUACAAGGACUACUAUUACCCCAACAGCCAGAGUGCGCGCUUUCUGUGGUAUCACGACCACGCCAUGGACAUUACCGCAGUCAACGCCUACUUUGGCCAGGCCGGCGCGUACAUCGUCCAAGACCCCGCCGAGGAUGCGCUCGGCCUUCCGACAGGCUACGGCGUCAACGACAUCCCCCUCGUCCUGUCCUCGAAGCAGUACAACGCCGACGGCUCCCUCUUCUCGCCAGCCGGCGAGACCGACAGUCUCUGGGGCGACGUAAUCCACGUCAACGGCCAGCCGUGGCCCUUCUUCAAGGUCGAGCCGCGCAAGUACCGUCUGCGCUUCCUCAACGCCGCCGUCUCGCGCUCCUUCAUCCUCUACUUCAGGCGCCAGACCGGCGGUGCCAACAUCCCGUUUCAAGUCAUUGCAUCUGACGCCGGACUGCUCACUGGCCCGAUCACCACGAGCACACUCACCAUGUCUAUGGCGGAGCGAUGGGAGGUCGUGGUCGACUUUUCCGGAUACGCGGGGCAGAACAUCUCACUUCUAAACCAGAAAGACGUCGGCAAGGACACAGACUACACUCCGUUGCGUUGA